AGGCGUUGAUAUUACGCUCCUACGCUUCGUCCUCUUGGGGGCUAAAACCUUCGCAUUCGAAAUUAAAGUCGAGUAGAAACUCUUCGAUUCGGAGAGUCUGAGGUAAGGGAUUUAUGGGCAAUUGAAAACACAAGACAAGAGCUCGUCUCUAUCGCUCCCAGAGAAGAAGCCAGACGAUCGAUAUCUUGUGUGAUUGCUUCUUUUUUAUCAGUGAAUCACCAAUUGAGUGAAUGGGAAUAGUUUUGGAACCUCGUUGUCCCAGAAGCGUCGAUGGGAUUAGCAUUGACCCUGAGCCUAAUUGGAAUUUCGAAAGCUUAGUCUCUGAAAUCGAGUCUGUUGAAAAGAAGCUCAAUUCCUUUUCAAGCUUUCCCCAGCAAUUCACCAACACAACCUUACGGAUGGGAAGGAGUGGUGGUGGAAGAGGAUUUGUAAUGCGUGUAUUAGAAGAUGAGAUGGAGAGUGAUGAAGAUGAAGAGAGUGAUGAAGAAGAAGAAGAAGAAGAUCAUAGUCAAAUCUGUACAAAGGGGAAACGUUUCGCUUGUGAUGAGCUAUACUUGAGUGAUGAAUCUGAUGAUGAGUUUGACUGUGAACCUGAGUCCUUUUUGAUGAGUAAGAUGGGUCUGGCUGAGAAUGCUCUAUAUGAGGUGAUCAACGACCACCAAACCGAAGUUAAGGAAGAUAUUAGGAAUCAAGUGUCAGUUGUUGAAACGAAAAUACUGAACGAGAUUGAAACAUCUCGCUCUGCGUUAGCCCGGGUUGAAAAGUACAGCGAAACUAGAAAAGAAGUUGAACGGAAACUUGAUCUCCAAUAUGAGCGAAAAGUUGCUGAAGCACUUGAUAACCAUAUGACUGCAGUCCAGCGUGAACAUCAAAUUAAAUCGCAAAUAGAAGAAAGAAAAUUAAGGAGCGAGGAAGCUCAGGAGGAGGCCAGGAGGAGAGAAAGGGCACUUAAAGAAGAGAAAAUACGUCAAGAAAAAGCUCGUGCAGAGGCUGAAAUGCUAGCAAAAACCAGAGCUGAAGAAGCAAAGAAAGAAGCUGAGAGAAAGGCAUCCAAAGAAGCAGCUGAAAAAGAAGUAGCAGAUCGCAAAGCUGCUGAACAAAAACUUGCGGAAGAGAAGGCUGUGACAGAGAGAGCUAGUGUUGCUGGUAGUCCAGCUACAUCGAAUGCUCAAGCUGGGGGUAUAUCAAUCCAAGCUGCAGAAAGUGCUUUGACAUUGGAGAAGCAUAGAUUGAAGAAGCUCGAAGAAUUAGAAGCAAUGAACCAGUCGCUAAAGUCGCGUUCAAAUGAGGACUUUAGCAGCUUUGAAAAGCAUAUUGUGAGGGUGAUAAAGCAAAUAAGGGGGACAAAGGAGAAUGUAAGUACGAAAAGCAUUGAAAUUGUCAAAAUAUUAAAGGACGCUCGCUGUCCAGUGUCCAUCAGUAUUGCAACUUUUGCGAAGAAGAUGGUCUCCGCUAAAGACCCUUUUGCAGGCGGCUACGUCAUUGUUUACGUCACCUCGCAGUUUCCACAAGCUAUGGAUAUUCUUCUUGCUGAAUUCCACAAAGCUUGCAUUUACACAGUCCCGAAACACAUUGUUAACUCACAGUCAGCUUGGGACUCAGACGCAUAUCAACACCUAGAUUCCGUAAUGAGACUUUACGGUGCACUUGUCCAGACCGAUAUUCGCGGCGGAAAUGCUACUAACAUUCAUGGGAUUGAACAAGGAUGGGCUUGGCUUGCCCGGUUCCUUAACAAAAUCUCAGCCAACAACAGAGUUACCGCAACAGCUUUAAAUGCAUUUCUCCAGACGGCAGGGUUUGGUCUUCAUCAGAGGUACAAAUCACAGUUCUUGAAAGUAUUGAACGUUGUAAGAGAGCAUUUCUUGCCGAAAUUGAGAGCGAAAAAGGAUACGUCGGAUCUACAAGCGAUCAUACUCGAUAUCACGACGUACAUAGAUGAUCGGAUGUAUCUUAAGGAACCUGAAGGAAGGGCUCUGAAGACUAAUAUUUUGUCGGCGGAGAUUACUGCUGAAGUAGAUCAGCAGAGCCACAAUCAACAUUACCAGAGCCACAAUCAACAUUACCAGAGGAAUUAUUACAGAGACUAUUAGUGAUUGAUGUAUCUUUUUCGUCAAAUAGAAACCCAUCUCAAUUUUC